AUGUCGUCUGAAGGAGGUUCUGGGUCUGAGCUGCUCAUCGCCAACCUCUGCAGAUCCGACAGCCUUUGGGUUGAGGUCGACGAAGAAAAGGAUUUGAUUCAAAGGGCGACAUUGGAUGCGAUCGGAAAAGUGGCGUUUGGAGUAGACUUUCCCUCUCUGCCAUCUGCUCUUCCAAAGCUAUGGCCACACAUCGCGUUCGCUUCGGACUUGGACACCACCAUCGCCGUCAAGCGCUUCAGUGAUCCUUUCUGGGAGCUCAAGCGGUACAUGAACAUAGGUACCGAGAUGGUGCUACCGGAGCAAAUGCAGGUAGUGGAUGGGUUUACCUUUAGCCUGAUUGCUGACAGAAAAGCCGAGCUCAAGCAUCUUCAUGGACCCUGUAUGCGAGUGAUCUCCUUUCCAAAUUACGAUGAGAGACUACCACGCAGACAACCCCAGACGGACGAGUUACUGCGGCAUAUCCUCAUCAACUUCGUGAUCGCCAGUCGGGAUGCUAUUGGGGUGACACUCACGUGGCUUGUCUACGAGUUGAGUAUGCACUCAGAUGCGUCGCACAUACUGUACUUAGAGCUCCGAGACUAUGAGAGCAGGAGACAAUUCGAAUGCCAAUGUUCGGUGGAGCAGUAUUGGGAUGUCGACCUGCAAGACGAAGACUACGUUCGCAUGAUGGACACACGAAUUCGUGAAUUUGCUGCGCUGAUAGUCUCUGGACUAGCUGCCUUUCUUGCAUGCUUGCCUUCAGGAGACUCUUCGGCUUCACCCGGCGGUGCCUCUUGACCCCAGGGACAUAGAAGAAGACGACACACUUCCAGCAGGAGAAGUCUUCAUAAGCAGCAAGAAAGGGAACGUAGUCUUCAUUUCACCAUAUUCUAUGGCUCGAAUGACUUCUAUCUGGGGUCCGGAUGCUGCACAGUUCAACCUAGAUCGUUGGCUGCAGAGU